GGGCGGGCUCACGGCGUUUAAAACGAGGAACUGGAUCCAAAUGAAACACAGUCGCUUUUUGUUAUUUGUUGUGCAAAAAAACAAAAAGUCAAAAUGUGCAGAGUCGCGUGUCUCGUCGCGCUCAUCGUUUUAAUGAGCCCCUCUGCUCACGCGUUGGACAAUGGUCUCGCACUGAAACCCACAAUGGGCUGGCUGCACUGGGAGAGGUUCCUGUGCAAUAUCGACUGUGACAGGGACCCAAACAACUGCAUCAGUGAGCGUCUGUACAUGCAGAUGGCAGAUGUGAUGGUGAAGGAGGGCUGGAAAGAGGCUGGCUACGAGUACGUCUGCAUCGAUGACUGCUGGCCCUCCCACCAGCGCGAUGCCCAGGGCCGCCUGCAGGCAGACCCAAAGAGAUUCCCGGGGGGCAUCAAGAAACUGGCCGACUAUGUCCAUUCUAAGGGACUGAAACUGGGCAUCUAUGCAGAUGUAGGUAAAAACACCUGUGCUGGAUACCCUGGCAGCCUUGGUUACUAUGAGACGGACGCGAAGACUUUUGCUGACUGGGAUGUGGAUCUGCUCAAAUUUGAUGGCUGCUAUAUGGACUGGACCCUCGUUGGAGAAGGAUACGUGAACAUGUCAAAUGCUCUGAACAAAACCGGGAAAAGUAUCCUCUACUCCUGUGAGUGGCCUUUGUAUGAGUGGCCUUUCCAAAAGCCGAACUACACAGCCAUUCGUGAGACGUGUAACCACUGGCGCAACUUCGGUGACGUGUACGACUCGUGGAGCUCUAUCAAGUCCAUCUUGGACUGGACUGCUUCUCAUCAAGACAUCAUUGUCCCCUCGGCAGGACCAGGAGGCUGGAACGACCCCGAUAUGCUGGUGAUUGGUAACUUUGGCCUCAGUCAUGCCCAGCAGGAGUCUCAGAUGGCAUUAUGGGCCAUCAUGGCGGCCCCUCUGCUGAUGUCUAAUGAUCUGAGGGACAUCUGUCCUCGCUCCAAGGAGUUGCUGCAGAACAGACUCAUCAUAGCCAUCAGCCAGGACCCAAUGGGCCAACAAGGAUAUCGCAGUGUCAAGGUGGACAAUUUUGAGGUGUGGGAGAGGCCUCUGUCCAAGAAGAGACUGGCUAUCGCUGUGCUGAACAUGUUUGAGAUCGGUGGUCCAAGAGGGUUUUUCAUCAGAGCCGUUCCCGGCUGGAAGAUCUGUGAGCCCCAGUGUAACGUCACACAGAUCCUGCCUCAGUACAAGGAACUGGGUGUUCAGAUGCCACACACCAAAUUGGAUGUGUUUGUCAACCCUUCAGGCACAGCUCUACUGACUGUCACUCCCAUCAGCGGGGACUUUACAGGGCUUCAUAAGCUGCACUGGGAGGAGUCUGUGAAACGCAAGCACACCAUUUUGUAGUCCUUAACCUUCCUACACUGUUGAUUUUGAAUUUAAAACCUAUCAUUUUGUAAAAAAUAAGUUCUUAAUUUAUAAUAAAGGGAGAAUGUUUUAUAGUUUACUUGAAUCAGCCAAUACUAUGGUUACUGGAAAAU